AAGCUAGGUCGUGACCCCUCUGAUGAGGACUGCUUCUUCGACCUCCUCAGCAAGUUCCAGAGCAGCCGCAUGGACGACCAGCGCUGCCACCUCGACGACCCGAAUGGAGAGAACGGAGAAAAUGGCGAGAACGGAGGGGCCGUCUCUCUCAAUGAAAUGCUAGGUAGGUUAGCGAAUUAGUGCUGUUACGACGGUCUAAAGCUAGAGGAUCCCUGAUACUUCUUGGGAAUUCCAUUACUUCCAUUCCUUUGACAUCAAUGCAUGACUCAAUGCAUCACUCAAAGCACACAUUGCUGGACAUCUCUAGUCCGAAAUGUGUGGCUUUGAUUUUUUGGGGUCAAUUACAGUAAAUGAAAAUAAUCCUCCUCCCUUUUCUCUCAGAUUCAGCGCUCAUCACCUCGCCCCAGACAGAGGAACUGUUUGACCUGAUCGUCAGCUCCCAGAGCCGUCGCCUGGACGACCAGCGGGUCAGUGUCAGCAACCUGCCCGGCCUCAGGAUCACCCACAACAACCUGGGCCACCUGUGUGUUGACGCAGACCCCCAGGAGCCCAGUGAUGACUUCUUCAACAUGCUCAUCAAGUGCCAGGUAAGGCCAUGUCUCACUGCCUCAGAAUCUCUAUGGGUUGAAUCUUAACCUUAGAUCUGUGCUAAUAACUUUCAUUUUCGUGUUGAGUCUGAGAGUCUCCCAUUGACAUCCAUCAAUGCAUAAUUUAGGUAAAAGACCCAAAUAUUUGUGCUUAUCUCAGGUUAUGCAUUCAUAAAUUGCAGCACUCAUGAAUUGCAAUUUUAGAUGUCUGUCUCUCCUUCUCUGUCACUAUUUAUCUCACUCUCCUGGUCUAAACCCAGUCCUCCAGGAUCGAUGACCAGCGGUGCUCCCCACCAGAAGGGGGGCCCCGGGCCCCCACGGUGCCUGACGAGGACUUCUUCAGUCUGAUCCAGAGGGCACAGGCCAAGCGCAUGGACGAACAGCGGGUCCACCUCCCCUCAGAAGAACAGGACGGGCCCGACUCCGACCCAUCCAGGGACUCCAGCUAGGGGCCCAAGCAAACAGCCCUGGGGGCAGGAUUCGAGACUGCGACCAAAACACUUGCAUUUGCGACCCUUUGACUUGGCAAUGUAAAACCAAUUUUUUCUUUGGUCACUAGGUUGCCAGUGAAAAUGUUUUGCUUGUCAUGUUAGUUUUUGGUUCACAAUGUGCUUUUUUCUAUUAUCAAGAUUUAUUCAAACAGCAGUGGGCAGCAACAAUGGGUAUGCAAACCAGGUAUUCCAAUUUUUUUAUAGGGCCCUACAACUGUAGACUGACUGUUCAAAAUCGCCAACACUAACCAGGUUUCCAUCCAACCUUUUUAUGUGAGUUAAGUACAUGUCGGAUAAAAAAAAUUCAGGACAGGCCUGAUGUAAACAGCUAAUUUAUCGGUAAAACAAAAUACGCUACACAAGGUGGGAUCUUUUUGUGUCUGUAAAAUCAAUUAUGUGAGGAAUGGUGGUGGAAACGCCUUUAUGCACAAAUAUUGAUAUAAUAAUCAUCAUAUCGAAGUAAACAUGGACUCACGCGAUGAUAUGUUGUGUGGUCAUCCCACUACGACUCGGGAAACCAUGCAGUUUAUUAGGCUACAGAUGAAAUAAGUUAUGAUGAACUUCACAUGGUGAUGAAAGUGCACGGUAAUGAGCUUGAUGCUCCUGUCCAAUAAAUAUUGAGGGUGUUAUUCUGGUGACAUGAUGCUUGGCUGCCAUUUGACAAAUAAUAAUCUGCCAUUUAUCUAUAAUAAUCUCAUCAUGUAGACUAUACCCGCACUGUAUCUGCGAGCUGUUGGCUAGAGCGCACGUGCAAAGACGAGUGGGCACAUUCGCUAUAUAACUCAAUUUAUUUUGUGACAAAACCAUCAGUAGACUUGAAAAUGUGAUGGAAACCCAUUAAACUUUUUUAUUUUUAUUUCAUAACCUCAAAUAUACGCACAGCCUUUUAUCCGUAACAAGUCAAUUUGAUGGAAACACAUCUCUGGUGGGAAAAGGCGCAUUAGAAUAUUCGCAUGAAAAUCUGUCGCCAAUUGGAUGGAAACCUAGCUAUUAACACAAUUUUUGAGAUUGCGCAAGGUUUUAUUUUUUCCCUCCAAACAAUCAUGAUAUUGUCAAGUUAAAAUGUAAUUAUUUCUGUUUGGAGGGUAAAUCAUUAUAAGCUAUUUACUCUGCCCACAAAUUAAAAAUAACAUUUAAAUGAUGCAUGCAUCAUCCGCUUUACCGGGCCAGUAUUCAUUUCAUUGGAGCCAGUAGCUCCCAGUUGGCACUGGCCCGGUGUGCCACUGGCAAAAUUAAUUGAGAGGAGAAUCGGGAUUGAAGUAAAUUAGAUUGAUGUGUGAUGCAAGAUCCAAACACAAUGUGCAAUAGGUGGCACUCUUUCAGCUGUUGUGAAUCUAUUUAGGUUUGAAAGCUGUACAAAUCCGAUAGAGGUGAAACUGAAUUUAUAGGAUAAAUCUAUGUGAAUGAGGUGUUUCGCUAGGGUUUGAGACGACAAAAAGAAAUGCGAGAUAUUGAUAUUUACCCCAUCUACUGCCUUAAUCCGUUUUUUUCAAACUCAGAUUGUAUUCCUAAGUGUCAGGGGUCUGUGGUUUCGAAGCGCAUAAUGGAGUAGUAUUCGGUUUGAAGGAUGACGAUGAUUGCUGCUGGUAUUAUUGGUGACAAACAGUAUUGGCUAUAGUUUGUAGUGGCAAAAUUACAUUCAGUGUUAGACAACAGCUCAAGAGACUACAGGAAUAAUUAUAAAACAGCAUGGUUAGUCAAGGUCUAUUCAUUAUAGAGUUCAUUUCCUCUGGAGUACAAACAGGUAUAAAAAAAAUUUAAAAAGCAUUUUUUCAAAAUAGUCAAAGAAAAUACAUUUUUAUGUAUAAUAGUAUACAAAAUAUCAAGAAAAUAUUGUUUUAGAGAUAGUUGAAUCAAGCUCGAAUCAAUGUGCAUCUCUUCAGUUAGGCCAUGGAAGUGCCAUUAGUGCAGUAUAUAGGCAGUAUACUGAUUGCAAUCAACAAAUGUCUAAUGAUUAUGUAUGCACUCACUAACUAAACUAUGGAUAAGAGCGUCUGCUAAAUGACUAAAAUGUAAUGUAAUGAUUAAGCCCCCACAAUGCCAUCAACUUGAUUGACUUGUCUCUGACCAAUGAGCUUAGAGCUGACAGUCCAAUGGAUCGGGGACUUUUUUAGGACAGCACAGGAGUAUAUGUAUAGCCUAUGCACACAUAAUCCUGUGUUAUGCAGGGAUCUCCUGCUACAAUGCCAUAGCUGUUAGUCUUCAGUUUCCAACUGUCUACGAGGGGUUAGUCAUAUAUUCUGCUGGUAUACUGUCCCUUUGUGGUGAAACAUGUGUACUACAGCUGUCUUGUGUACAUCAUUGGAAAUGACAGACUUUCGUAAUUCCUGAAUAGUGAAGGUUGAGGGUGUAAUCUUGUGCGCAAGUAUAAUGAUUUUAAGCACUUUUUAUUAUUUCAGUGACAAGCUAUACUUAAUUGUACAGUAUAUACGUUGCAUAUUUUUUUCAGAUCAUUAUGUAAAGGUUAGAGUAUAUUUGCAAAAAAUGUUAGUGCCUAUUGUAUUUCUAUUCUCUUGUGGUUAUCAGAGUUAUCCUGUAGCAGACCCAGUGGACCAAAGACAGGUGCAAACUGGAGAAAUUAAUCAAAAAACGGCUUGUAGUAAGAUCUAAACGUACAGAAACGUGUUGCCUAACAGAUGAUCCACGAUGGACAUUUUUGUUGCUUUUCCUCUUUGGGACUCCAUUUGUAAAUGUGUUAGUUUUACCAUGUAGCUCUACUUUGUACCUCAAGGGUCAUGACCCUAACCCAGGGUGGGUCAUAAACCUAACUCAGGAUGGGUCGUGAUCUAUAUGAUUCAUCUCGAUCUCUGUAAUAAGAGGCUUACAAGGUCCCAACUGUUUUCCAAACAGAGCUAAUUUCCUCUAUUUUUUCAUCUCUUGUAAGGAUAAACUUGGUCCAGAUCUAUCCGGUACGCUUCUAUUUGUCACUACCAUAUGUACAUAUAUUUUCUUUUUUUGUAUUUGAGGACAUGAAGAUGUCCCGUCUGCUUUUAAUAAAAUAUUGAUUCAAAUGUUUUAUGUGCCUCUGUAGUCAUGUCCCGUCAACAGUGUUCCAUACAUUACCAUAAGAAAGUAUGCUUUCAAACAACCGUCUUUGCUUCAACUUCAACACAUUGCAUGUAGGUGUUGUUGUGUUGUGCCUACCUUUUUUUGAUUACACCCCAUACUAUAUUGCAGAACCAUUCUUACGUCCACACCCAAUUGGUGCAGUGUAUGAUUCAAUUUUCCCCCACCCAAAGUGGAUAGUCUUUAGAUAUCCGAUAUGUAACGUUUUACAUCAUCAUUAUCAAAUUAGUCUCCUCGCCCAGACAAGAACGACUCCUUAUAACAGCAACUAAAAACAAGGUCAUAAAAAAGGAUGGGGAGUGUAAUUGACUUGCCCUUGGUUGGGCGAGGCACAGUGAACUGACCAAACAUGUUGGUUUGCUUUUCUCUGUUUUCCAAAGGAGAUUACAUAACAGUGACCAGUAUGCAAAGAGAUGCAGUGCUCUUUAUUCAGCUUGAGUUGUGGUUCACCUUAGCACAAUGGCUCUUUUCCUGUUUAUUGCAAAGAGACAGAUGCAUCAUUGUUAUUUUAUUGUUUGAGAGUCCUUUGAUAAUUCCUGGCAUUUCCUGCACAUAAACAGCCUCUCCUCUAUGACGUUACAGGAGAGGCUGACUAUGGGAAAACAUUUUGAGCAAAGGCAAAGUAAUUCCCAUACAUCUCAAGUCUUCUGCUGGAACAGACCACAAACCUCCUACGUAGCGCCACCCCCUCCCCAGCAGUUGGUUCUGUCCGUAUUAAAGGAACAACAUAUCAAUCUGCAGUUAGCUGAUAAUCCCCCUCUAACUGACUUCCUCAUUAGCUUGGUCUCUCCCUAGCUUCCUAGUUCACUCUCUCUCUUCCCCUCGAUUACACAACCUCUCCUCAAUGAAGCAGGGUGUAAAAUGUAAAUGCAAAGGGAGCCGCCAUGGAUCGAACACACAACACAUGAUGACAAUAGCUAAUUCUUACAGCAGUUGCAGGCACACUGCCCACAAACCCCAACCUCCCCCUCCCACUCCUCCUCUCUCUCCCUCUUUUCCCAGAAUGCACUGGUAUCUGAGCAGGCUGAGCUGUGCUAUAAAAAGUGGAGGAGGGGGAGGGAGAGCUGCCGUGCAGCAGGGACACUGCUCAGACACACACAGGAUCCAGGGACAGUCACACUUGUGGACAGAGCCGCAACGUUACAGAGAGGUCAGUACAGAGGACAGACAGCCACACAAUGGCAGCGGUGCAGAGGAAUAAAAAGCGCAGGAAGCAGGGCUUGGGGCAUAAUUGUGCCGCAGGAACACAGAGAGGGGCUUGUGAGGGAAUAGUGGGCAGGGCUGCUUGACAGACUGGAGAGAGACAGAGAGGGAGAGAGAGUGGCACUGUGAAGUGGCGCCUGACCCUAGCUGUAAGUGCUUCUCUGAUGCAAUGCAUUUAGAGGCUAUGGAAGGCUGAGGAAAAGGGCAGCUGAGGCACUUGCAUACUGUAUGUAGCAUUGUCCUCAUUCUGCUAUUUACAUUUUAGUCAUUUAGCAGACGCUCUUAUCCAGAGCGACUUACAGUUAGUGAGUGCAUAUAUUUUCAUGCUAUGGUGUAAGAAUGUCAGAGCCAAAUGAAGUGUGUGUCAUUCUAUGUGUCAUCCACCAUGGCUGUGAAUGGACUAGACCAUGCCUGUACUGCAUGCACAGUAGGAGAUCAAAAGAACAGGCUUGGCUGUUUUCUACUAUUUUUCAUCCUUCAUUGUCCAUGGCAGAAACAACGUGCUCCUAUGCCUGUCCGGUUGCUCAUUCCCAUCAACCCGCUGUCAUGUUAUUUGCAAUAUGCCACGUUGCAUUGAUGCGGGGUGUUGCAUACCUUUUCAUGCUAUUGAUUCUUCUCAGUUAAUGGUAAAGAUCCAAACCAGAAAGGCCCUACAGCCUGGAACUCACACACACCACACACCACACAGCUACAGUACACAUCCUUCUCUCCCUCUCUCUUCACCCCCCCUUCUCUCUCUGUAAAGACCACAGAAUAUCUUAACUCAGACUGGGCUGAUGAUGUCAAAAAGCUCUCCUGCUUUCCCUUAAAGGGAUAUCACCACUAUUAAAGGAGCAGUACCACAGGAGGACCACAUACAAUACAGUACAUCACCUGCUUUGCAUAACAGAGAGCUGUGGACACUGCAGUUGUAUUGACAGAUUAUGUACUUAUUGCUAAAUACUCUUUGCUACACUUACAUUGGCUUUACCAGCUAAGCAAGUGCAAUCCAGCCUUCCAUGUGCUUUCUGCGAAUGGUUGACAUGGUAUCUGGGAACAGCUGCAGAGGGGACAGACAGGGUCUUUUUAUAGCUGAACUGCAUGACCGGAGACACCAAUAACAUGCUGGGGAAAGAGAGAGGUGCAUUGGAUAUCCACAGACUUGAGUUAGGGGCGAGUGGGUUAGCAGAUGCUUCUUGGUACAGGUUUUACGCACGUGGCUUACAUGAGGAAACUGAAUGGGUUGAUUCUGGAGCAUUCAGAUGACGCUGACCUUGGUGCUGAAACAUUACAGUGUCUGUGGAAUCACGUUGUAUUAAUUGAAAAAAGUCCAUUGCAGGAAGCAGUGCAAUAUUUUGAAUGUAUGCUUCUUUUGUGCAUAUGGAACAUUUCUGGGAUCUUUUAUUUCAGCUCAUGAAACAUGGGACCAGCACUUUACAUGUUGUGUUUAUACAGUUUGGGAACCACUGCAGUAGAGCACAGUAGAGUACAGCACUGUAUGGUAUGGUACAGUGCAAGACAGAGUUUUAUUCAGUACAGUAGAGUAAAGUAGAGUACAGUAGAGUACACUAGACUAAAGUACGCUACAGUACAGUAUAGUUUAAUUCGGUAGAGUACAGUACAGUAUAGUUUAAUUCGGUAGAGUACAGUACAGUUUAGUUCAGUAGAGUAGAGUACAUUAGAGUAAAGUAGGGUGCAAUACAGUACACUAUACUUUACUUUUCUUUACUGUACUGUGUACUCUACUGUAAUAUAAUGUACUCUGCUGUGCUCUACUGUACUGUGCGGUACUGCCCAAACUUGCGAAACAUAGAUGUCUAUGAUUGCUUCAGAUUUGGUCUGGUCCGGAUCGGACCAAAUCUGAACCAAUUAUAGACUUCUAUGUUUGGGCCAAAUAAAGUCAGGACUGGACCAGAAAAAAAGAUGCUCGGUCUGGACAGGACCAAAAAAGACAUCCAAAAGACAUCACCGUUGGUAAAUACUUAGUGUAAAAAACGUGUAGAAAACAUAACAGUCAACGUAAUGGCCGAUGUAAGGGGUCAACAUAGUGCUGUGUACCACAAUAUAGCACACGUAACACCUCAUGUGAAGUUAACCAUACUUUUUAUAUAUUUGUCCUAUUUCACACAUGUACAUGUGUGUAUUAUACACGUGUGAAUUGGAAAUGUGUUUUUUGCAUAUCCCAACUCCCCUUGAGACACCCUCAGAGAGUGGGGUCACGGCCAGGGUCUGCCAUGAUUAACCCCAGCUGCUUGGGCAGUACCCAGUCCUCCCCUGAUUGGAGGAGGUGUGUGUUUGGCAUGCCAAGGAGGCUGCACAGCCUAGUGAGGGCACCAUAAUAGGCCAGGGUGGGAGUCCCAAAGGGGCACAGAGAUGACUCAGACGCCUGGGUGACAUUUACAAAGGACACAGGGUCAACAGCUCUACAUAAAACUUGCCACCCUGGACCUGGACUACAGAGUCCUACCACUUCUUUCUUUCUCCUCUGUGAGUGGGGUAGAAUAAUCUUAUCAAGUACUGGCUGCCAUAUUGAAGCACUUUUCCAAGGGUGAAAUUUAUACUUGAGCUUGUCUGUGGAACAGGUCUGAGCUGUGACUUUUUUUCUGGUGGAUUAUAAAAAAUCACAAAGAAAAUGAAAGGACAUCUACGCUUAGCAAAUUAAGAUGCUACUAGUCACCUGCCUACCUGUGUCUUUGGCAGUGUCACUGGAAAAUUAAUCAUAGGAUUUUUUAAACCAGAAAUGCCCAUAGUGUGUUGUUGGUAACCUGUGAGUUUAUGCACUGAAAAUGAUUACCACGACACGAGCAAACAUGCAACCAUUAUUCUACUCACCCCGAAAUGAACCUAAUAUUCUGAUUUCUCCAUGGAGUUCAACUCAGGACACUCUCAACCGCAGGUUGACUUUUAUUGUCAUGAGUCUUGUCCUGGAGGCAGAACUGAGAGAAUUCCCCUUAGAGAGGCCAGCUGCAGUCAAAAUGGGCUAUAUUGUACAAAUUCAUGAAAACAAAAAUCAGCUUUUUGGUCUUAAUUUAAGGUUAAAGUUAGCAUUAGGGUUAGGCAUUAGGGUUAGCAGUGUGGUUAUGGUUAGGGUUAGGCAUUAGGGUUAGACAUUAGGGUUAGCAGUGUGGUUAAGGUUAGGGUUAGGCAUUAGGGUUAGACAUUAGGGUUAGCAGUGUGGUUAAGGUUAGGGUUAGGCAUUAGGGUUAGCAGUGUGGUUAAGGUUAGGGUUAGGCAUUAGGGUUAGCAGUGUGGUUAGGGUUAGGCAUUAGGGUUAGCAGUGUGGUUACGGUUAGUGUUAGACAUUAGGGUUAGCAGUGUGGUUAAGGUUAGGGUUAGACAUUAGGGUUAGCAGUGUGGUUAAGGUUAGGGUUAGGCAUUAGGGUUAGCAGUGUGGUUACGGGUUAGGGUUAGGAGUGUGGUUACGGUUAGGGUUAAGGUCAGGUUUAAAAUAAGAUUGUAUGACUUUGUGGCUGUGCCAGCUAGUGACCACUCCGCAAAGUUUCCUCCAGAACAGCUACUCUUCCUGGGGUCCAAACAGACUAUGGUAACCCCAUUUUUUAAAACAUUUGAGUCACUUAGUGUUCUUAUUUACAUUUACGUCAUUUAGCAGACGCUCUUAUCCAGAGCGACUUACAGUUAGUGCAUACGUAAUUUUUAAUUUUUCAUACCGGCCCCCCGUGGGAAUCGAACCCACAACCCUGGCGUUGCAAACGCCAUGCUCUACCAACUGAGCUACAUCCCUGCCGGCCAUUCCCUCCCCUACCCUGGACGACACUGGGCCAAUUGUGCGCCGCCCCAUGGGUCUCCCGGUCGCGGCCGGCUACGACAGAGCCUGGAUUUGAACCAGGAUCUCUAGUGGCACAGCUAGCACUGCGAUGCAGUGCCUUAGACCACUGCGCCACUCAGGAGGUCUUAUCCAGAGCGACUUACAGGAGCAAUUAGGGUUAAGUGCUUUGCUCAAGGGCACAGACAGAUUUUUCACCUAGUUGGCUCUGGGAUUCAAACUAGCGACGUUUCAGUUACUGGCCCAACGCUCUUAACCUAACGCAAGGAGACUUCUUACUUUCUCGCUGAAAACCCAAAUUGUAGGGUCAGCUUCUCCUAUCCCAAGACACACUGAGUUUUACACUUACAUUUACAUUUACAUUUUAGUCAUUUAGCAGACGCUCUUAUCCAGAGCGACUUACAGUUAAUGAGUGCAUACAUUUUCAUACUUAUCCCUCAACAACUGAUUGAAAAGCACCCUCCCUACCACCGCCUUUGUUUCAGCCAGCAAUGACUGAUUCUUGGUCAACUCGUGUCAGACCUUUUCAUUUAUUCCACAACAAUUUAUACAGGAUCAGUUUUCUCUCCAACUGUUUAGCCAGUUGUUUCAGGCAUAUUCAAAAUAACCACACACCUAGGCUUCACCCUCGUCACAUGACCCAGGCAUGCAGCCAUUUGAGCUGAGAGAUCUGUUUACACAUGCCAUCCUGAUGCACCCAGAAAUGAUCCUCCCUCCUCCUCCGGCCCUCUGGGACUUAGGAAGGCCUGAAGAAAACGCACAGGGAACAGUAUUUUAUAUCUUAUUUGGUCAUAUUAACUCAUAUUUACUGCAAUCAGAAAUAUUCAGAUUCCAUUCCAUAAUACAGUUUUUGCGCAGGGAUGGUACUAUGCUCUGGUCUUGAUUUUUGGGGGGUGUUAAGGAACAUCAGGUUCAGCUAUAAUUUCUGGUUGAGGGGUAUAACCGACUGCUGAGUGAUCAGAUACUGUACUGUACCUCUCAUUGAUUCUGUCCAUCUUGAGUUAUGUGGAAGAUGCUAAUGCAGCUGUAAUUUACACUGGGGUCCUGAGUAAUGCUUCUGACUUUACAUGAUGCUGACUUUACUUGAUGCUGCAUUCUAAUGAUUCCCUUCUGUGGACUGGGUUUAUUGUUCUUAAGUCAAGUUAUAUUCAAGUUACAUAAUAUACAAAUGGUAUUGUGUUUGUUCUGCAAAAUACUUGGUCAAUCAGAGAUGUGGAGUCUGAGGAAACUUUAUUCUCACAUAAAUUAUAAGAAAGUAACAAUUUCAGGCUGAAGUGGUUUAGACAUUUCCUCUUUUGCUUGGACAUCAACUGUCUUAAUGUCAAAACUAAGAAAGAGUAUAGGCUUUACUGCAAUAAUAUGAGCAUUUAUUCAGAUUAGAUUAUGUAAUUUGCUGUAAUUCUUUUGACAGGGACAAGUAAGUAUACUAACACAGCAUUCAAUUGAAAUCAACUGCUUUGGAGGACACAACAAUAUAAAAAAAUGAUAAGCUACUGACUGAUAUUACUGUAUUUGGUUCUAUUUGAAAUAGGAAAAUGAGACUGUGUAUCUAUUUGCAUGGAGUCAAAUUCAGUCUAGGAAGUGGUACUAGCUCUGAAUGUGCAAGCUAACUUUUUCUCUGUCUUCUAUUUCAGUUAAAAAUAAUAGCCCUUACAGAUCAAGAUGGCAGGUAAUUAUGACAAUUGAUAAAUAUGUCGGUCUCCUUUUACAUAAAACUUUUUUCAUGGGAGAGGUACUUGUGUUCUAAGCAAUGAUUUAUAUAUACACUAGAUGACUUUGAGGGGGUGCUGUGAUGAAGCCACUGCGUCUCCAUCUUGGCACUCUCCCACGUUGUAAAAAAUAUUUUGAAAACUAUGGAAAUGCAUUUAUUAAUGUCUUUAUUCAUUUUUGCAAUGGUUAUUCUAUUACAGACAGUUUAAUGCAUAAUUUAAAAUUAUAUUGUGAGCUAAACAUAAUAAAAUGUAAAUAUAUAUAAAAACAUUUGUCUUAAAGUAUACUGUUUUGAGAUUACUAAUGUUACUGUCCCCAGUACAAUAAAAAAAUACUUAAAUAUAUGUAAUUUUGUCCUUAAAACAUUGAAUUGAAAUACUGUAGAAUUCCACUCAUUCCUAAGGAAAUCACAUACUGGGGAGUGCCAAUAUGGCCAACCGGUGGCUUCAAAGCCUCUCAAUAACGUAAUUGGUCCUAAGUGUAUGCUUAGGAUAUGGUGCCCUCUUCUGGUUAUUUAUGAUAUUGUAACAGCUGAAAGGAACAUACUGUACCUUCACAGUCAACACAACAUUCAUAUGGGAAAAUAGAUUAUAUGAGUUCGUAGCUAUACAUUCUAUUGUUGUUUAUUAUUCGAUGAGGGAACAUUCAAGGUGAAAGAGAUUUCUUAGCUACUUCUUAUAGCUACUGCGUAUAGCUACUACUUAUCAGUGACAGAGUGCCUUCAGAAAGUAUUCAUACCCAUUGACUUAUUCCACAUUUUGUUGUGUUAGGAAUGAUUAAACCAUGCUGUCACGGCAAAAUACAAUUCAAAAUUGAUUAAAAAUAUGUUUGUUCUCACCCAUCUACACACAAUACUCCAUAAUGACAAAGUGAAAACCUGCUCUAAGAAAAUUUUUGCUAUUUUCUUGAAAAUGAAAGACAUACAUAUUUUAUUUACAUAAGUAUUCACACUCCUUUGCUAUGACACUCCAAAUUGAGCUCAGGUGCAUCCAAUUUCCUUUGAUCGUCCUUAAGAUGUCAUUACAACUUCAUUUGAGUCCAUCUGUGGCCAAUUCAAUUGUUGGGACACGAUUUAGAAAGAAACACGUAUCUGUCUCUAUAAGGUCCCACAGUUGACAGUGCAUGUCAGAGCAGAAACUAUACCAUGAAGUUCAAGGAACUGUCUGUAGAUCUCUGAGAAUUGUGAUGAAGCAUAUAUCUGGGGAGGGGUAUAAAACAAAUUCUAGAGUCUUGAAAGUUUCGAAGAGCACAGUGGUCUCCAUCAUUGGGAAAUUGAAAAAAUAUGGAACUAGCCAGACUCUGCCUAGAGCUGGCCAUCCGACCAAACUGAGCAUCCGGGCAAGAAGGACCUUGGUCAGGGAUGUGACCAAGAACCCAAUGACCACUCUGAUAGAACUACAGUUGAUUGGCUGAGAUGGGAGAACCUGCCAGAAGGACAACAGUCUCUACAGCACUUCACCAAUCUCAGGUUUAUGGGAGAGUGGCUAGAUGGAAGCCACUCCUGAGAAAAAGGCACAUGACAGCACGCCUGGAGUUUGCAAAAAGGCACGUGAAAGACUGAGCUCAUAAGGCAAAAGAUUCUGUGCUCUGAUGAGACAGAAAUUGAACUCUUUGGCCUGAAUGCAAAGCGCUAUGUCUGGAGAAAACCAGGCACAGCUCAUCACCCGUCUAACACCAUCCCUACCAUGAAGCAUGGUGGUGGCAGCAUCAUGCUAUGGAAUGCUUUUCAGUGGUAGGGAAUGGGAGACUGGUAAGGAUAGAGGGGACAGUGAAUGGUGCCAAAUACAGGCAAAUCCUUGAUGAGAACCUGCUUCAGAGUGUAAACAACCUUAGACUGGGAUUAAGAUUUAUGUUCCAAAAGGAUAAUGACCCCAAGCAUACAGCCAAAGCAACGUUGGAAUGGCUUCAGAACAAGAAUGUGAAAGUAUUUUAGUGGCCCAGCCAAAGCCCAGAUUUAAAUCCCAUUGAAAAUCUGUGGAAAGACUUAAAGAUUGCUAUUCACUGCCGCUCCCCAUCUAACUUAACAGAGGUUGAAAAAAUCUGCAAGGAAGAAUGGCAGAAAAUCCCCAAAUCCAGAUGUGCAAAGCUGAUACAGACUUACCCAAGACGACUCAAAGCUUUAAUCGCCGCCAAUGGUGCAUCUACAAAGUAUUGACUCAGGGGGUUCAUUUACAAUAAAUGUGCAAACAAUUCUAAAAACAUGUUUUCCCUUUGUCAUUAUGGGGUAUUGUGUGUAGAUGGCUGAGAAAAAAAUUGAUUUAAUCCAUUUUGAAUUCAGGCUGUAACAACAAAAGGUGGAAUAAGUCAAGGGGGGUGAAUACUUUCUGAAGGCACUUGAGAUAUAGAUAGGUUUACACUGCUUGUGCUUGACUCUUAUCCAAUCCAGAUGUACAAAUCUCAAAAGCCUUUAAUAAAAGGUACUUUUGGAUUCCCUAGUGACUCAAACACUGCAUAUUCUCAUGUGGAAUAACUCAGACCAUUAUGCAUAAAUACGCCACAUUGCUACCAAAUGUGUGUGACUACAGUGAAUUUGGCUGAUCUUAGCCCAGAGCUAGCUAGGGGCAAUUUUCUAUGUGGUCACAAAGCAUUGUGAAGUGGUUGGCGAAGGUUGCCAAGGUAACUCCAUUGUAUAUAAGUCCAAGAAGGCAGAGGUUCCAUGUCAAGAUGGGUUGCUCAGCCAGCUGCUCCAGACAAAUUGUCCAUUCUGAUGAUGGUUUGUUACACUCUUACAAAAACUUUGAGUGAACUUGGUUUACUCUCAGCAAGCUGCAGGGUUAAUCAGUAAUCGUCUGAAGUUGUUUCUAGAACUACCAGCUAUGUUUCUCUGUUGUCUCUGUUCCUUCUAGACAAAAUCAAGGACGCCAAGAUCAUCUUCGUUGUAGGUGAGUGAAAUAAUAUAAUAUAUAAUCUUAUUUUCUUCUUUCAAAAUCAACACUAUCGGGCAACACAGCACAAAAUGCAUGUUCUAAAUGUCUGAUAUAAGGUGUAGUCAACACUUCUCUUGAAAGAAUGCACUAAAGUAAACAGUAAAUAUACACAACAGCCCUGUGUCAUAAACCAACCACCACUAAAGUUAUGGUUAGAUGGGAUUCACCAACCAACCAACACUAACCCCUGUCCUCCUUGUAUGUGUCCCCUAGGUGGGCCUGGCUCUGGUAAGGGCACCCAGUGUGAGAAGGUGGUGGCCAAGUAUGGCUACACCCACCUAUCUUCUGGGGACCUGCUGCGUGCUGAGGUAGCAUCCGGCUCCGAGAGGGGCAAGACCCUCCAGGCCAUCAUGCAGAAGGGAGAGCUCGUACCCCUGGUAAGUGGCUGGGACAGUGCACACAGUCAUCCCUAAAGCAGUUACUAUGUAAUAACAUGUUAACAAUGUUGUUACUACAGUAAUUAUAGUCUAACUACACAGGUUUAAGGUAUAACGUACAGUUUGUGCUGAAUUCCUUGCAAUAAGUACCAAUAAAUCAGGUUAACACUCAUUUUAAUCAGAUAUUGUGUUCACCAAGGGUUGGAACCGGUUCAGGGAACAGAACCAAAAACAGGAAAAUAAUUACAUUAUUUGAGGAACAGAACCCAAACCGAAAACGAAAGUGAUCUAUACUGUUCCGGAACAGAAUUGUUAUUUUAAAAGCAUGGGUACCAGUUAAUAACGUUCCUUUAUGUUCCCGGGCAUUUUUUCCCAGUCGCAACAAAGCGCCUAUGCAAAGCCCUCACUAUGUCACUCAAACUUAUUCCAGCGUCUGCCUGUCAGCUGGAAAUCUUUGCCAGUGGGUGUGCGUAUGUGUAGGUUAACUGCCCCUCCUCUCUGAAGCAUAGGUUACUGUAGCCUAAUGAUGACGUUAGAAGCCUAAUUCAAAAAAUUGGGAGAGAUGUUUAAUUAGUGAAGAAUGGAUUUACUUUUUCAAUGCUAGUUAAGGAUACUAUAGUUUUCACCUUUCACAUUGGAUUUAUUAACCACAAAAAGGUAAGACGUGUUUUUAAUUAUUGUGCUGCUCUGCACACACAAGCUUGUUAGCUAGCUAGCUAACAUUUGCUCUGGUCCAACGUUAAACCAACUCGGAAGUUCAAAGACAUUCAAAGUUCCUCCAUAGAAGCCGCUCCUCCGUAGGUAUAAUUCUGUGGGCCUAAUUCAGAUAAUGCAUGUCAUAACAAGAUGCCCAGCGCUUCAAAGCAAGCUUCCCCCAUCCUCUCUCGCUCUCUCCUCAUCCUCAACAUUUCAGUUGCAUCUCGCGCCCUACACUGUGACUGGCAGCAUAGUGUGUGUGUUUAUCUUUCAUUAUGAUUAAACCAUGCUGUCACGGCAAAAUACAAUUUGCUCUUAACGACUUUCCUAUAUAGAUUAAGUCACUUACCCGCUCCACAGCAAGCUGCUCCAUCCACACUGAUUGGUGAAGUCAUUUAAUGUCGAACUAAAUGUAAAAAAUAUAUAUAUUUCAGAGGUUUAAAAAGGAACAGAAAGGAAUGAUAUAAACUGGUACCUUCUUUUGGUUAGAACCGGUUCAUAACUUUAUUUUGCUGGUCGGAACAGUGGAACAGAACAAAAAAAAUAAUGGUUCUGUUCAGAACGAAACGAUUGGAAAAUAAUUCUGGUUCCAAACCCUGGUGAUCACAAGUUACUUUAUGUCACUUUUCGACACAGAAGUGAAAUUGUUCAAACAUCUUUCUAUGAAGGUGCGUGUGUUUCAUGUCAAUAAAUAGUACAUGUGCCCCCCUCCAGGACACAGUCUUGGACAUGAUCAAGGACGCCAUGAUCGCUAAGGCCGACGUGUCCAAGGGCUUCCUCAUCGACGGCUAUCCCCGUGAGGUCAAGCAGGGCGAGGAGUUUGAGAAGAAAGUAAGACGAGACAGGAACAUGGAUUCACAUUCAGAAAAUCCAUAUUUUUACAUUGCUGUGCAAUUAGGUUGCAGCAGUGCAAAAAAACUCAGAACGCAAGUUGAGAAACCUAUGCACUUAUGAGGUGUCCCAUCCUUUCAAAAAUCACCAAUAGCUCAAUAUCCCUCAAUUUCCCACAGUUCUUCUCUCAAAAUAUAUUUUUCUUUAGCACAUCACCUCCCACUUAAGAGGACUAUAUCAUUUCAACAACCUUUUUAAAGUUGUCCUGACCAUUAUGUUUAUCUUCUCACAGAUCGGAGCCCCCUGCUUGCUGCUGUACAUUGACGCCAAGGGUGAGACCAUGGUCAAGAGGCUGAUGAAGCGCGGUGAGACCAGCGGUCGCGCUGACGACAACGAGGAGACGAUCAAGAAGCGCUUGGACCUCUACUACAAAGCCACUGAGCCAGUCAUCGCCUUCUACUCCAGCCGCGGCAUCGUCAGGAAGGUAAGACUGUCGGCACUAGUUAUAGGCUACUGUCAUUGGUUGAAUCCACAGGAGGUUGACGGCACCUUAAUUGGGGAGAACAGGCUCGUGGUAAUGGCUGGUGCGGAAUGAGUGUUUAAUGCCAUUACAUUUGUUCCGUUCCAGCCAUUAUUAUGAGCCGUCCUCCCCUCAGCAGCCUCCACUGGUUGAAUCCCAACAUAAGAGAGAGAGAUAGAGAGUGAAAGAGAGUGUCAUAGAACAGUGUAAGAUAAACAGUGUAAGAUAAACAAAAUAAAUAAGUGGCAUGUAAAAAAAGAUAUACAUUGUGACAAUAUACCCAAGUGUCUGACCUUGCAUCUCUUGUAAACUCUGAAAACUCAACUCUCUCUCUCAAAAUUCUUAUCAUUUUACAAUGAUGACGCCACCGACAUUGCAAUCUCAUUUCAUGCCUUUCUCUCUCUCAUUCUCCUCAGAUUGACUCUGAGCUGCCCGUGGAUGAAGUCUUCGGACACGUCGCCAAAGCUAUCGAUGACCUGAAGUAAAAAGCAACAUGACUGGAUAUGAACAUUGUUUUGGUCAUUAUUUUCUAAAAGUCCAUCUUAUGCCGAAGAAAGCAACAAUCUGCUGAGUCACCACCCACAGGGCACACACUGGUUGAAUCAACGUUGUUUCCACGUCAUUUCAAUUCAAUUAAGUUGAACCAAUGUGGAAUAGACAUUGAAUUGAUGUCUGUGCCCAGUGGGCUUGGUUAUAAUGAAAGACCAUUAAGGAACAGCGCUGCCUUAAUUUAACACUGUACUCCCUCUCCAGCAAUAAUCUCCUGUUUCAGUCCACCAACCACAACAGACACCCAUAUACGGCCAUAUUCACAAGAAUGUCAUAACUUCCUGAGAGUCUACUGUUCACUUCCUGUUUGUCCGCCAUGUCUUCUCCACACUUCCUGUACAGUAUGUCUAUGUGUGUGUGUGUGUGCAUGUACAAUGCCUGCCUGGGGUGGCUCUGGGCUGCACUCUCUGCUCCUGUGCCGCCAAAUAGACACCGGAGUAUAUGGGAAAGCAUGGAGACUAGACUCCUUUAUGGCUGGUGCUAAACGCCAUGCAGUGACAGACAUGGCAGCAGGCCAUUACAUCAUACAGGCUUUCAGGAUAUAGUAUAGUUCUCCCACAGCAGGAAAAGAGUACAAUAGUAACCAACCAUUGUAAAAGAAAAUACAGCAGGCCCAUGUUCUUAUUUAUUUCACUGUCUAACACCUCAUGAUAUGUCCCAUUACAUCACAUAACAGAUAAGCUAUAAAAUAUUAUGCAUAACAUAAAAGCUAUCCUUAAGAUUUAAAUAAAUAAACACUAUGAUUGUAAUCUUUACAUGGUAUUAUUUGCAGGUGCCUAUUUGAAAAUGUCACAAUGUCUAUCAUCAAGUGAUGUUACUGUAGUAGGAUAGUGCAGCGCCCUUUGAUCUGCUGCCGUUAUUCAUGUAGGUUUAGCCCAACAGGCCGCCAGAUGGUGCUAUUAUUCCUUAUGUCGUUUGUCAUCUGGUGACAAAUGACCCAAGGAAUAACAGCGCCAUCUGGCGGCCGGUUGGGUAAUGUGUUUUAGCGCAGGAGAUUUGUUUUCCUUUCCGAAGGAAGUAAAUAUUACUUUGCAGUUGUAAUCUGUUGCUGGAAAACUAUACCAUCCAAUUAGGAUGAACUAAUCCAAUCUCCUCGAAAGGUAAGUUAUUACUUUUGUAGUGGCUAACCUAACCCAAUAAUGUACUAAAGGAGCCUAACGUUACUCCUUAUAGUCCAAGGACCUUAAAUGUUCUGUUUAGAGGCAAAUUGGCUCUGGCAGCUAAAACAGCCAAACACUCCAUCUAAAUGUGAAUCGAUUCUCAAUUGCGGCUCGGUUCUAGAAACAAAAAGCCCUCUACUUACAUAUCAUAUCAAAAUAAUUUCACAAAUACAAAAAAUAUACUGUUAACCGGUUUUAACACAGUUGAAGCCAACAGUAUUUUUCAGAGACAACACAUUUGUGGCAUCUGUUUUCCGUUUACAUACAUGUGUUUGGAGACGCAUAUAGCUAAUUAGCACAGGUAUGCCUCUGUCUUCU